AUGACAAACAGACAAAGAAGCAUCACAAACUACAAAUACCCUAGGGCAAUUGUGUUGCGCAGAUUAGAGUCUCGCGCCGCAGCCGCAGCUAUCGUUUCUCCAAUUCUCCCAACGACUAACGAGGAUUGCUCCGACCAUCAUUCGCGUUUCCUGGCCGCCGUUCGCGUCUCCCAGUCGACCCCGAGAUCCAACCGCCGUUUGCGUUCCCUGGAAAUCGUGUGGUUCCCCGCAGUCGUUCGCCUCUCCCAGCCGAGCCUGAGAAGGAGAAGGGCACCGCCAGCCUUCGUUCACGUUCCCUGGUCGUCGGUUGUAUCCCCCACUGUCGUUCACUUCUCCCAGUCGAGCACGAGAACGAAAAUGGUGAAGGGUACCGCGUCGUUCGUCUUCUCCUUUGCAAACUGA